GUCCGGCAGGGCUGCGCAUGCGCGUUCCCCUCAGCAGUCGGCCGCCGGAGCCGGCGGGAAAGCGCGGCCCUCCCGUCACCGCCGCCGCCGCCGCGAUGAUGAUGAUGAGCCGGCUGCGCAGGUGGCUCUACAGGCCGAAGAGGACAGACCCACAUCUUCUUGCUCAAUUCUACUAUGCAGAUGAAGAACUUAAUCAAAUUGCCGCUGAAUUGGACAGUCUGGAUGGAAGGAAAGAUCCACAAAGAUGCACUCUGUUGGUUAAUCAGUUUCGCUCAUGUCAGGAUAAUGUUUUGAACAUUAUAAACCAGAUAAUGGAUGAAUGUAUUCCACACGAGCGAGCCAACCGUGAUUUUUAUGUAAAAUUUCCAGAGGAAAUAAGACAUGACAACCUUGCAGGACAACUUUGGUUUGGAGCAGAGUGCCUGGCUGCAGGUUCAAUUAUUAUGAACCGUGAAAUAGAAAGCAUGGCCAUGAGACCGCUGGCCAAGAGUCUGACUCAUAGUCUGGAAGAAGUUAGGAACAUCAUCCGUGACCAGGCUCUUCGGGAUCUGAACUUCUACACAGGAAAAAUUAAAGAGGCCCUGAAGCAGUUUGAUGUCCUUUUUGCAGAAUUUGAGCUAAGUUACGUGUCAGCCAUGGUUCCUGUAAAGUCACCAAAGGAGUACUAUGUACAGCAAGAAGUAAUCGUCCUUUUUUGUGAAACGGUAGAAAGAGCUUUAAAGCUUGGAUACCUUACGCAGGACAUGAUUGACGACUAUGAACCAGCAUUAAUGUUUACUAUUCCAAGAUUGGCCAUUGUUUGUGGGCUUGUUGUUUACUCGGAAGGCCCUCUGAAUCUUGAUCGUAAACAAGAAGAAAUGUCGGAACUUUUCAGACCCUUCCACACUUUACUACGGAAAAUAAGGGAUCUACUACGGACUCUCACAGAUGAGGAGCUGUAUACUCUGGAGUGUAACCUCUGCAUCUCCCAGGAUUCUGACUUCCCUGAGAGAGCAGGUCCUCAAGUGCCACCUGCCGUUAUGCCAGACUUGAUGGCAGCUUUGCCAUCUGAAGAGCUUUCUGAAAAAUCCCCAAAUACUGAAGCAGAGCUUGCCUGUUCCGUACAAUAUGAUGAACAGGAACUGGAGCAACUGAACAGAAUGGUUCAUAGAGUAGGGGAUGAGAUGUCUUCGUUGCUCUCGCCCCCAAGGGACUGCCGGUCUCCUGCUUGCAACCCUAGUGUGAGGAACAUCUGCAGCAGAAGGGACUCUCCAGGUGUGAUCCUGCUGAACAACACGCACAACGAGGAAGAGAGCAUGUUUCUCAUUGAUGACUUAAAUGGGUCAGAAGAAGCUCUCACUGGGACAGAUUCAUUCAAGCAGACAUUCUGUGAUUCCUGUUGUGUUUCAAAGCACUCGUGUCCCAGUGGUGACUCUCUGUUGUACGAGCAUGGUCAUCAAACUGAACAGGGCCCACUCUUCCAGGAGAGAGGGGAGUGCGAUCUUGACAAUAACAACGUUGAAGCAAGCAAGCCAUUGGCUGAUACCUCACUUCAAAACUCCUGCAGUUGUUUUGAAAGCCCUGAUCCACAUUUGUACCUCAAUGCCUGGGAUGUGUAUUCUCAUGAUGCAGAAACAGCAGAAAUUAUCGCUCACCGGACUGGAGGGAUGAAGAUAUCGGCUACUGUUAUAUUUAAUCCAAAAUCUCCUCCUUCGGAAUCCUCAGAGUCAUCUAAAAUAGUGAAAACUUGCUCUGUUGGGGACUCACCUUAUUUGGCUGAUGACGAGCGAGAGGCACACCAGCCAAGCGUGGCCACCACCAAUUGCCUUGUCAGUUCUUGUGUCUGUUGUGGGAGCUGUGAGGGGAGCAAGGAGGACAGCAGAGCUUUAAAGACUAACAGUUUCCCAGGAAAAAUUAUAAAUUCCUCUUCCAGUUUGCUGAAAUUGAAAGAAAAAACCCAACUGGAUAAAUCUAACAGCACAGUCUCUGUACAGGAGAUACUGAAAACUGAACCCUACAUUUUGCUGGCAGAAAGGGAUUCUCCUAGAGAGGAGCAGGCUCUUUCCAGCUGUUCUAAGGGCUUGGCAUACUCCUCGGCUUCUCAUUUGAGAGCAGAGAAUGGACCCAAAGUCAACCAAGAAUCCCCAGCUCCACAAAAGAAAUGUGAAGAUGGAAAACAGGCACAUGAAAAGCCAUCAGAGAUUAAUGAAGAAAAGAAUGAAAGAGUAUCAAAGGAUGGCAAAUCGAGAACAUGUUCAAAUGACUUAAUGACCCAGUCCUGUUCAUCAAGCGAAACCAGUCAGGAAGAAACCCCACUUGCCUUACAGACAGCUGAAAUUUCUACUAGAGAAAAGAUCCGAUCUCGAUUUCACAGCAGUCACGACCUUAUUCAUCGGCUCUUUGUCUGCAUCUCAGGUGUUGCUGACCAGCUCCAAACAAACUAUGCCUGUGACUUGCGAAGUAUUUUGAAGACCUUGUUCGAAGUUAUGGCAACUAAAGUUGAGACAGAGGAGCAGAAAAUGCAAAAGAAAGUCAAUCCUUGUUUAAGGAGUGCAGCGCUAGAAGACUGUGUUUUGUGUCAGGAGACCGUCUCAUCUUCAGAAUUCACAGCAAAACCCAGGGGUGGGGACUUUGAAGAUCUUUUGCUCUCGCUGCUCUUCUCACUCUGCCCCUUUACCUCGCUAUGGCCAGAUGAGGCCUGUCCGUGUCUGCACCCACUGUUACAUGUUCCACGUGACUCCUUUUUACAGAGACAAUUGGGAUGUCUGACUGCACAUUGGAGUGGUGGACUGAUACUCUGCUGUCGUAUUUGUAGGGGCUGCCUUGGACUUACACCAAGAAUAAACUUGAAAGGAAAGCAUUCGGAAGGCUUGGACCAUUUCCCAUCAAAUAUGGAAAUAUUUUUGUCCUUCAUUGCACAGAACUCCUCUUCAUGCAAAGAUGACCAAAGAAAAGUAAAAUUUCAGUAGUUUUAAGAUGUUUCAGUGCAAGUAGCUUAUGACACUGGUUUCUAACCAUUCUUUACAGCACACAAGAGAAUACAAUUCAAAAUGGUUAGCUCAUCAAUAGGUGCGUUUAACAAACAAGAAUCCAAGAAUAUGUAGCUAACCAGUCAUUAUUAUAAGCCAUAAUGGUUAGGGGUAGAGGUUGGACAGCAAAGAAUAAAUCAUUUCUUAGCUUUGUUAUAAGACCAAAAGGGUAGCGCAACUCUGUUUAGCCCUAAAGUGGACUUCUGGGCAGCUGGGGGUUUUUUAUGCUGCCUCCCCAUGUUGCCUGAAAGCCCUCUGAAGAUGGUGUGGCCACAGCGCUGUCUGGGGCCAUCAGUGGCUUGCAGAUUGGGCUGCCCGGUUGCCAUUCUAACAGGCCAAUCCAGAGCUGACAGGCAGGGAGAAGAUGGUGCCGUUCCGGCGCCACUCUGCUCCCUCCAGAAGGCUUUUCUGUGGUGUUGGAAGCCCUAAAAAGGUUCCUUGAAAAGGCAGGCAAACACCCCCCCCCCCAAUUGCAGGAAGUAGAGACGCCUCUACUGGCAGCUCUGCCCGUGCAAGGGGAGCCACCAGGCGCUGGAGGCCAACUAAGGUCAGUCCCGCCCCCCGGAAUGCCCCCCAGCCAUGCCAGGGCAGCACUUUGUGCUGGUGGGCCUGGGCAACUGAGGAACUUCCUGGUCAGGUGCUGCAGAGCCGUUAAGCGCCCGGCUGCGCAGGUAAGUUGCUCCUCUGCUGGCGCAUUUGCCCUUCUAAAUUCCUGAGGCAGAGUUUAUUGGGAAAGUUCUUUUAAAGCGUUUUAAAAAUUAUCUGGUGAAUUUGCACUGAACAAAUGGAAAUGUUUUAAAUUCAUCACGGUAUAUUCCCAUCUCCAGUAGACUGAAUGGCCAGUAUUUUUUGCCCUGUUUUUGUGCCUUUCAUAAGAGCCUGGCUUAAAAAAAUAUAGAAAGUGAGAUUUUCUUUUCAUUAUUUGCUGAAUUUCUCUGUAGACACCGAAACAGGGCCUGACAGUGUCCCAGAACAACCCACCAUAGCUCUUGACUCAUAGUGUGGUGCAAAAUGUGACCUCAGAUCUGUCAUAAGUGAACCCACAUGGUAGUUUGCACCAGUGUUUAUGCUGAAGUCUAGGGUGCCCUGCAUAUGCUGAAGGAGAAUCUCUGGAUCAGCCCCUCCUUUGUAAAUAUGGAAUAAUUUUUUUAGCAUCUGCAAGUCUUCUAAUUUCUGAAGCAAUUGCUGGAUUAGUGUGAUCACACAAUAACAAACCAAGAUUUGUUUGCUGAUUCAUUUGCAAUUUGAUCCAUUUAGGCUACCAGAGCUUGGGGGAGUUGAAUGCACCAGCGGGUGAUCACGUUCUGGCCAUUUAUGGAAGAAGUGCAGAGGCCGUUGCUCAAAUAGUAGAGCAUCUGCUUUUCACGCAAAAGUUCAUACAUUCAAUCCCUUGCCGCAUCACCAGUGAAAAGGAUGAUAAGAGAGACCUCUGCCUGAGACCUAGAGACUGUAGCUGCCAGUCAGAGGGAACAAUGCUUACCUUGAGAGACCAAGGGUUAGUAGCAGGUGGCUUCAUGUAUUCAUGCAUGCAUGUGUUCAAGGGGGGCAGCUCAGUCACUGCUGGGGCUCAAGUGUUCUUAUCAGAGCUAUUGAAAUGUGCUGUUUACUGUAGUACCAAAAAGAAAACUAUUUAAGAAGAAUCCUUACUUUUAAAUAGUAAUGCCUGUAUUCUUUACAAAUUUACUCUUUGCUAUGGCUUAUAUCCUGUACACAGUAGUCAUAUAAUGGAAUAAGAAGCUUGUUUAAGUUUUAAAGAAUAAGUAAGAUUAUAUACAGUCCCUGUUGCUGUUAUGGACAAACACCACUUUGAUGCAUCAUCCCUCUUUUAUUUGUCAUGAAUUCUGUUUCUAAGAGACUCCCAGGCAGAAUAACUUGGUUCACUUUUAAGCUGAGCACAGAUUGGCCCUGUUAAUUGGGAGGAUAUUACAAAGCAAAGAUACUUUAAAGCUUAAAUCUCAGGCCUGCACUGUAAUGUUUGUUAAAGAUUUAUUCUUAUAAAAAUAUGUUUAUUAUUUCUUUCUAGGAGUAAGAACAAAGUAUAAUGAACUCCAACUGUGAAAUUAAUAUAUACAAAAAGUUGUUUUGGAGAAAAAUAAUCUGAUUUAAUAUAAUGGAUAUUAUUUAUGAAAGCUGGUUUACUUUUGUAAAUGGUGCAAUACAGAAUCAUUAUCUACAAAUAUGAUAGCUAAGAAUGUCAGACUUUAUUUUUUAAGUAAUAACUCCUAUGUCUCUUAAUGAAAAGCACAAUCAAAUAUAGUUCAUAUUUGCUUGAAGAAAGCUUUUGCCUUUCUUCUAAUAAAUAAAUAAAAUGUCAGAACUUCCAAGUUG